GUUACAGUUCAGAAUGAAGUCUAUCAAAAUUGAGUAAUUUUUGUGAAAAUGCAAGAUCAAAUUCAUCCUUCACCCCCUGAUAUCAGUCAAAUCAUAUUUCUGCAUGAAAAAUUGGCGAAACGAAAAUGCGACCGAUUCCUGUUGAAUUUGGCUUUAGCCUAUCACCAAAUGGGCCAUAAAGUUGUGCUGUACACUUCCCAGUAUAACAGAAGUGAAACUAUCGACGACUUUAAGUUUUUAGAUAAAAUAAAAAUUAGAUAUUCUGGCUGGUGGAUCCCAAAUAGCCUAUUUGGAAUUUUCCGUGGAAAAAUGUCGAUAUUAAAGUCAAUAUGUUUGGCCCUAAGAAUGGUAUUUUCUCGACAAAAGAAUGCAUCCAACCUAAUUAUACUGGACACCAGCAUUAUAGCUUUAUACAUUUUGAAUCUCUUCACACAUAAUCGACUGCUUUAUGUGGAAUCAUUUGAGCAGCUUAGAAACCAGGCAGAUUUUUGCGAACAUUCCACAUACAGUCCAUCACUGCUGGAAGCAAAAUUUAUAAAACUGGCCGAUGAAAUUGUUGUUGAAUCUGACGGAUUUGCUGAAGUAUUUAAAAGGUCUUUUCCAGCAGUAGCUAAGGAACCAGUUAUUAUUUAUCCUGCAAUUGAUAUUGGGCUUUGGAAUGAAGAUGGCAUCAAAAUUCAACGAAUCAUUCCAGACUUAAUGGACAACACGGUUGUGUUCCUUUCCAUAGGAAAGUACAAAAGAUCCACCAACUUCAAGUUGGCUUUAAAUGCGUUUGAAAUACUACUUCAACUCAUUGCUGACAUAGAAACCACUAAAUGCUUUCAACUAGUAAUUGCGGGAAAUUGUAAAACUCUGGAGGAGAAACUGUAUUACCAAGAAAUGGUCUCUACAACCAAAGAGAGAAAAUGCGCCUCGCAAGUGAGCUUUCUCAAUAAGCUGCCAAUAAUUCACGAAAAAACCCUGAUUAUGGGGGCGGCCGUCGCAAUUCAUCCAUCUAAGUCCGAUCUACAGGCGGACUUUAUUUUAAAAGCCAUGAGUUUAGGAAAACCCAUAGUGGCAACAACGAAAGGAAUUGCACCUCAAUUGCUUCAGAACAAAGUUUCCGGAAUUACGACUGAACCCGAUCCCAAUGCAAUGGCGCAAGUUUUGAGGAAACUCAUGAUGAGUCCUCAUUUACAAUCAUUUAUAGGCGAUGUGGCCAAGGAGGUUUUCCAGAAGAAUUACUCGUUUAAAAGUUUCUGCAGCAAAUUAUCUGAGAUUACAUUCAAGCACGGUAUCGAAGCAGCUCCUUCCAUCAAAACUUUGAAAGCCAAAGAGGCGUGAACUUUUAUUUAAAUAAUGUGACUGACUAAUAAACUACUUUGGGAACAUGGA